CUUGACCUAAAAUAUAGCGGGGGUUUUCUCUUCAUUUGCUUUGCCGCUUUUUUUCUUCUCUAGUUCCCGCUCAAGCCUGCAUAUUGGAAGAUCUCGGUGAACGUGGUUGAGGUCGGAGAGACAGGGUACGUCUCCUACAUCACAGUUGAGUAAUGUUUAUGGGGCUCGCCGUUAGAGCUACGAAUUAGGUGUUAAAUCUGCUAUUUUCUUAUUGUCGAAUUGAUUUUCUAUUGUCUUAAGUUGACCAUUUCAUUUUCGGGGUACGUCUCCUACAUCACAGUUGAGUAAUGUUUAUGGGGCUCGCCGUUAAUUCUGUAAACUCAAAACCAUGAAUGAAAGCUAUUUUUCACAAAACUCUUUUGAACUGAGCCCCGAAAUCGGAACACAAGACAUGCACACACCUGAUCUGGCAGAGAGUGGUGCUCUCGGGCGGGGCUCUGUAGGGAGGGCUGAUCGCACAAGGCGUAGUUGGUCCUUGCGUGAGGAACAAAUACUCAUGUGCACUUUGAAAGACCUUGUUGUGCGCGGAUGGAAAUCUGAUAAUGGUUUUCGGAAUGGAUAUACUACGCUAGUUGAGGAGGCCAUCAAACGAGAGUUCCCAGAGUCUGACUUGAAGGCCAGCCCUCAUGUCAAUUCCAAGCUCACACAGUGGAAGAGAGACUAUUAUUCUCUUUCUAAAAUUCUGGACCGCAGUGGAGUCGGUUUUAAUGAGCGUGGAGACUACAAAAUUGACGUUGAUAAUGAUCAAUGGGAGCAGAUUGUGAAGCAAGACAGCCAUGCCCGCGGCAUGAGAUACAAGUCAUGGCCCGUUUGGAACGAUUGGAAGAUAAUUUUUGGCAAAGACCGUGCAAGUGGUGGUGUGGUUGAGGACACCAAUGAUGCAAAUGACGCUCUUGGCGAGCAGAAUCAAAACAACGUCCACAACAGCAGUGUUGGUCACUCUUCUGCCAACCCAAUCCCUCAGCAAGUUCAUCAAGAGAUACCAGAUGAACUCAGCACAGGACAGAGCACGCGUGCCGCAAGCGAAGGCCAAAAAACUGGAAAGAAACGCAAGACAUCCCGUGAUUCCGUCGGGUUGAUUGAGAUGCUUGGGAAGAUGCAGGAAGAUACUAAUCUACGACUGGACAAGUUGACAAGCCGUAUAGGGUAUGAGUUUGAUGUGAGCAAAUCCCGAAAAAAAGUGUUCGAGUUAUUGGGUACAAUUGCAGGUUUCUCUAUGGUGCAGCAGAUCGACGUUGCUGAGUUUAUCCUUGAGAAAGUGGAGCGCAUUGAUCUGUUUCUGUGCCUGCCUGAGCAUGGUCGGCUCACUUACGUGAUGCGUACUCUUGAAAAGCUCAUUGCGGUUUGAUGCUUCUGUUAUGUCUCCGAUCUGUCUUUUGAGAUCUUAUCUAUAUCCAAUGCCUAACUUAAAGCGAUGCAGUACUUUCGAAGUCAGUAGGAAUUAUGUGAUCUUUUGACAUGUAAUGAACUUCAUAUUUUCCACUAGCAUAUGUGGAUGCCCAGGUAUGGAUAUGGACCA